GGUUAGACUAGGGCUGGGCGAUAUGGGAAAAAAUUAUUCACAAUAUAUUUUUUUAUAUCAGUCAAUAUAUAUCACAAUAUAAAAAAAUCACUUGUCAAUCUUAAAUGUUCCCUGUUACUCGUAAAUGAAACUUAACAGUGCUUAUUGGUAGCAUGUCUUUUGCAAUACAAUCAACUACUCUAUCUGUGAGGUCUUUGUGUCUCUGCGACAUUUUGUUGUAAGGCAUUGUACAAGAGAAAACAGAUGGAAUGGCCGGUUCAGUGCGGCGCAGACCCCGAGCAACUCCCCUUUUCAUUGGCUAUUCAUAGUCUACCAAAACAUGGCAGAAUGCAUGCCAGCUAUUGAAAAGCAUAUUGACCAUGUUUCAUAUAAUAUCAUCAUCAGGGAAAUUCAUUUUUGAUAUAUAUCAUUGUUGUUCUAUCGCCCAGCCCUAGGUUAGACAUUUAUUUCCAAAAUAAACAUUUUUCACUCUUGAAGGUGAAUUUAGUCUGUCAUAAGUGUAAUUAGAAUUGUGGUCAGGCCAAAAAAGAUCAUUUUAAAUUUGUUUUAUAGAUCAUUUGUGGUAUCUAUGAGCUACAACAUGAGGUCAAAAACCUAACAUAAAAGUCCACCAUUUUAGCUUAGAGGACUAAUAAAGUCAUCAUAGUAGUUCUGGGGUGAGUUAAGCCAGUGGCUCAACUGAGAAAGUGAAGAAGUCUGAUGAGAGGAUCAGAGUUUCAGUUCAAAUUGUUGAAAUGUGUUUCUCUUUCUUUUCACAAAUACAGCUGUGAAUGUUCUGAGUCACUUAAAGACAUUCUCAUGUUAAAAUGGCUUUUUACAAAACAGCUUUUUAGCAGGUAUAUGCAAUAAUAAUAUAAUUAAUAAUUGUACCAGUUGAAUAGUGUAUAAUAGAUAAAAAUACACAUGAAUGUAAAGAAGUGACUGUUAUUUAGGGAGAGAGAUGGUGAGGGAGGGCUGGGGUGGAGAAUGGGAGGGUAGUAGGGAUACGGCUUAAGUUGACCAUAGGAGACCACUUUUUUUGGUUAUAUUAUGAAGACAGUUAUGUUUACACUCAUUCUGUUGGUUUGCAGGGAUGAACAACAUCUUGAAAUAUGCAGAUACACUAGUUAGAAACAAAACUAUGACUGACUUGAUCCAAAAAUGAAAGCUGGCUCAUCUUAGCCCACUCUCCCCUAAUAGUAAAAAGUACAGAAUAUCUUGCUUUUUAAAGAGAGUUAUGGGCAUAUCAGUAUUUCCAUGCCUUUAACAUUUUUCUCUCAGUGUAGCAUUUAAGAUUUUUUACCCCUUCUGGUGUGACAGCUUGCAGUGACUGAGUUCAUUCCCACUCUCAGCUUCCAGGGUAAAGUUGGAACAGAAAGAAGAAGCCAGGAUUGCAUCAGGAAUGCUGGCAGUUGAUGGUUUUCCUCCACUCUUGCGCAGACAGGGGGUGGGGUGCCCGGCUGAAACGGGGAGGAGAAAAAGAGGGGGGAUUUGGGAAUCAUUCUUUGUCCUCACCCGCAGUACAGCGCACAACUGGAGGAGGGAAGGGGUCUCCGCGUAGGGAAAAAGGAAAAAACUGGAUCGUUUGAUAUCAGAGCGGGAGGGCUUCCUUUUUAGAAAGAGAAAACGAAGAAAAAGCUCUCGACAACUUUAAGGAGCCGCCCGGACAAAGAAGGGGAGCUUAAAAUCAGAGCUGAAGGUAAGAGAGCACACAAACAAACCCUGCUAACGUUAAAGCGGCAGCAUCAACACAUAGCUUUUCUUUUUAGCUUUUGCUAACAAUGGUGCUUUGGUUGGAGUUAUUUCUACAACUUUUAGCCCAUGAAGGUGGGUGAAUUCUUUCUGAGUGGUGCUUUUGUUUUUUUCCAAGGUUUUUAAUCGGAUAUUUGUCUCCAAACUUAGCAAGGAGGACGAUUGUUCUCAGGCUAACUUCAAUUUGGGCGCACAGGCUGGAAGUAGUCAGCGCUGAUUAAACAACCAAAUUGGGCUCGUUGUGUGAAAUUUCAGGAAAUUUUCGGCGUCCUUUUAAGUUCUCCUUUUGGGUCUUUAAAACUACGGUUGUGCUGAACAUGUAUGUUGUGUUUUAACUGGGCUCCCCGAGUAUGGCUCAGGUUUUAGUGGUGGAAAAAGGCGCAGGAAUCCCUGUUUUUUAAAUUAUUUUUCCUUUUUUUUUCCCCGUGACUCUCACCCAUCUACUUAACCGUUUUGUUUUGCAGGUACCUUUAAUAAUCUGGAGUUUUCUUUGUAACGUACGUGACGCCGUGUCACACGUUACGUAGUUUAACCGUUGAUUUUCCGUUCGCGUUACUGGCUGUGGAAGCAUGUGGAGCGCCGUGGUGACGUCGCGUCCCGUUAAGCACGAGGGGUUAUCUUUCAGGCUUUCAUGGCGAAAUGAUAAGUUUUGGAUCUCUAUCCAAACUAUCGACGUAAUCGCUAAUUAAACAACCAAAUUGGACUCGUUGUGUGAAAUUUCAGGAAAUUUUCGGCAUGCUUUCGCAGUUCUCCUUUGGUUCUUUAAAACUACUGCUGUGCUGAACAUCUGUAUUGUUGCUUUACGGGGUUUCUCGUGUAUGGUUUGGGUUUUUAGUGGUGGAAAGGGGCACAGGAAUCCAGUCUCUAUAUUUAUUUAUUCCUUUUUACGUGGCUCCCACUCGUUUACAAAAUUGUAUUGUUUUAAAGGUAACUGAAAAAUCCGGAGUUUUCUCUGUAACGAACGUGACGCCGUGUAACACGCUACGUAGCUUUCCCGUUGCUUUUCCGUUAGCGUAACUGGCUGCGGAAGCACGAGGAGCGUCGUGGUGACGUCGAGUCCCGUUAAGCAAGAGGGUUUAUCUUUCAGGGUUUCAUGGCGAUAUGAUAAGUUUUAGAUUUCUAUUUCAACUAUCAACUUAAUCGCCAAUUAAAUAACCAAAUUAGGCUCGUUGUGUGAAAUUUCAGGAAAUUUUCAGCGUCCUUUUGCAGUGGUUCUUUAAAAACUACUAUUGUGCUUAACAUGUAUAUUGUGUCUUUACUGGGCUCCUCCUGUAUGGUUCUGGUUUUAGUGCAGGAAAAAGGCGCAGGGAUCCUGCCUCCUUUUUUUUCUGUACCCCUAACUGUUACUUAACUGUAUUGUUUAACAGGUAGUUGAAUAAUCUGAAAGUUUCCUUCAAACGUACGUAACAGCUGCUACGCGGUGUAACACGCUACGUAGCUUACCCGUUGCUUUUCCUUUAGCGUUAUUGGCGUUGGAAGCAUGUGGAGCGCUGUGGUGAUGUUGUGUUACGUUAAGCAUGAGAGGUUAUCUUUUCAGGGUUUCGUGGGGAGUAGAUAAGUUUUACAUUUCUAUUUUGAAAUAUCAACUUAGUUUUAUUUUUAUUUUCAAACAAGACUGGACCAUCGCACAAGUCUCGUGUAAAUUUACUGUGCAACAGCAUGACGCGUAACCCAUGAUGUGAAAUGUUGAUUUAAGUCUCAUUUCUUGGGUCAGUUCAAGGCACGCCUGUCUGUGACUCAUAUUCUAACAUUUUUCACAUUUUCCUUGCUAGCCUCUCUGGGCCUCUUUGCCAUCAAGCUUCAAGAUAAGCGAGGGAUAACCUAAACCUGCCUCCCAGAUGUGAGGGGCCACAAAAGCCCCUCUGCUACAGAGGCCUUUAUCAGAGCUGAAACUAGGGUGCUAGAUGGCUGGUUAGUGCUUCAAACAGGUCCAGAUGGCAGGUUUUAUGUAUAUUUAAUCAGAACUUUGAGUGAAAAGGAUUAUAUCAGGACAACUUAGUACAAAAGAGACCUAAAUAACAGUUAGAGGUGAUAAACAACAUUUUAGCGACAGUCUUCUAAUCAAAAUGUGGUGAUAUGAUCUAAAACAAAGUCAGUAAUUGUUCUGGUCCACAUGCAUGGAGAAGCCUGAGCUGAUUGAGUUUAUUGACACAACUGAAUUUGAUCGCUUUCAUCAAUAUUUACCUUAAACAUCUUUGCUUGAAAAAGGAGCCGUAAAUGGCAUUGUAUUACUUAUUUAUCUGGUUUAAUGUGGAUGUUAAAACGGCAUUCAGAAAAUCAAGAGCACUUAUUUAUGACCAAUUUGAGAUGGCCUCAAAUACAGCAUUAAGUAUCCAAACACAUUUUCUGCUUACUUUGUCAUACUGUUAAUUCCAUUAAGCGAAACUACAUCAAAUUUUGUAAAGCAGUGCACUUCCUCAGUGGCUCUGUCAGCAAGAAAAGUAAGCAAGUUUUAUGAUAAGCACACAAACACACACGUCUUAAAACUAACAGAACUUGAUUUUCUUUAACAGGCAGAAACAUGAUAUUUAAUAUUUACCCUGCUGUCACGUUCAGAUUGUUUGGUUAAAUCUCUCUGUUUGGGGGAGGUUUGACAAACAUGCUGACAUAAAUUUCAGCUCUGACAGUAGCUGGAGGCAAAUCCUAGCUGCUAACCCAGAUUACAAGCUGCAAAGUGGGCUGCUGACAACUAUUCCUUACAUGUCGUGUGCAGCCUGACAAAGAGGAAUGCAGCUAAUAUUGUAGGUGACUGACCCUGUGGUUGUAGAUACAGCUGAUAUGGAAGGAUUAAUGAUAGCCGGCAAACUUAAAGUCUGUGUGUAGUUCAGUUGAGUUUCAGACUGAGGAUUUUUGAUCGAUGAUAGGAGAACUUGCAUUAUUGUGCUAUUUCUUGUCAUGUGUGUGAACUCUAAAUCACCCUGGAUGUAAAUAAAAUCAAUGAUGUUCGAAAACAGUCUGUUCAGCAGAUUGAUUGGCAAUGCAAGUGAGAUGUGAUAGAGCUGCCAUUCAUUUGAUUCUUGUCAGAGAAUUGGACACUUUUGCGCCUGGGUGCCAAACUCUUAUCGUUUAAAGGAUAGCCAUGUCUGAAGUUAACUUUAAAGUCACACCUGUAAAGCACUUCCAUUCAUGCAGCGCUCCCAUUCACACCUUGGGAGUAACCAAAUACACGCUCACCCUUUAUUUGAGAUAUGGGGCACUUACAACAACACAUAUCUGAUCAUGUACUACACUAUAAGUCUGUUAUGCUUGAUAGGAAAUGUUAAACAGUGCAAAUUUGGUUAAAGUGAUUGUGAAUUACACUAGCUGACACAUUUAAACUCUUUCACUCAUUUGAGGUUAACCCUGUAAAAAGCUAGGAUCUCUGCAUCAAAUCCAGGUAUUCAAGUUUCUGUAACGGUUAAAAGGAGACGAAUAUGUCAGAGUUGAAAACUCUGAACCAAUGAAAACUCAUUUGCCGUUGCAAAAUUUUCCACAGCCUUGUGUUUCUGUUAUGGAGCUGAGGCAAAGGCAUUGUUACUCCACUUUUAUGUGCCCCUGCUUGAGUAAGACUGGUCAGACAGGAAUGCUGGGAGAUUAAAACAUACUGCUUAUUAAAAACAUGUGGUGGGAACCCUUGUCACAUCCUAUGGCAAGCAGAUAGGCUGAGAACUCGAUUGCCAUCAUAAUACCUGCUCAUACACGCCUUUAAUAAUCUGCAGCAGCAAAUCUCACCAUGAGAAAGAUUUCUCAUUAGACACGCCUAUGAUUGCUUUUACUGAUCAAGAGUUGAUUUCUGGCUCUUUGAAGAUCCUUUUUCAAAUUAAAAGGACCUAGAAGUUGUAAAACUUAUGUAUCAAAGUGAGGGACUGAACAAUAUAUAGUUCUCAAACACAGAACAAUCACAGCCCUGGCUGUUAACUAGGGUACGAGAGCCAGAGUGGUUUAUAGUUUCGCACAAUGACUCAGCAGGAGUAGCGGUGAGGUUAAUCACAGCUGGUGUGAAACCACAGCAGCUCUGCAUUACCUCUUUCUCUUUAUUGGCUCUUUACUUUUCUAACCGUAGGCUGACAAUCAAACCACAACUGCCUUUGAAUUCACAAGAAAAACUGAAUGUUGAGGUUUUUUUUUUUUUUUUAGUUUUACAUAAUUUUUAAUUGAAUGGGUAGAGUAGGAUUUAAGAUUCAGGUACAAACAAGUCACUGAGCAACUCAUGAGGAUGAGGAAUGAUCAUGAAUGUUAGCUGCUUCUACAUUUUGGCUUGUUUAUAUAAAGGACUUGUUUGUGUCUUAACACUGAACCUAAAUGUCAGAUUUCAUGUGUCGGUUGUCUGGUUUAGGAUGAAUAACUUGAUGGCUUCACAUAGACCUUUUUGGUUUUAAUCCAGACAAUGCAGCCUCUACAUGCUUGGUCAUGGCAGUAACAUGGAGUGACUUAGCAGUAAAGUAUCCUAAGAGCUCCACCUUGUGGCUAUUUGUGGCAAUAACAUGGAAAAACACAAGUUGUAGAACCAGAUGUUGUAUGAGAAUCAAUGAUAAACUUGACUGUAGGUGCCUGUAAUAUGAUAUCAUGUAACACAACUGCUCUCUGUUGAAUGCGACUAAUUUCCCUUUUCUUUUUUUCCCCACAGGUUUGAGAGGUUCCCUCCAAAUCUACAAGCAAAAUGAGCUGGAGCUUCCUCACGCGUCUGUUGGAUGAGAUUUCCAAUCACUCCACAUUCGUGGGCAAAAUCUGGCUCACCCUCCUCAUCGUCUUCAGGAUCGUCCUGACCGCUGUUGGUGGUGAAUCUAUCUACUAUGAUGAACAGAGUAAAUUUGUGUGUAACACGCAACAACCUGGAUGUGAGAACGUGUGCUACGAUGCCUUUGCGCCGCUGUCACACAUCCGCUUCUGGGUGUUUCAGGUGAUUAUGAUCACCACCCCCACCAUCAUGUACCUUGGCUUUGCUAUGCACAAAAUCGCCCGCAUGGAUGACGACGACUACAGGCCAGGAAGGAGGAAGAGGAUGCCGAUCGUGAGCAGGGGUGCGAAUCGUGACUACGAAGAAGCAGAGGAUAACGGGGAGGAGGACCCCAUGAUCCUGGAGGAGAUCGAGCCAGAGAAGGAGAAGGAGGUGGUGGAGAAGCCCUGUAAAAAGCAUGAUGGGCGCCGCCGCAUCAAACGUGAUGGCCUGAUGAAAGUGUACGUGUUCCAGCUGCUGUCACGUGCCAUCUUUGAGGCCUCCUUCCUGUUUGGACAGUACGUCCUCUACGGGUUAGAGGUGGUACCAUCUUAUGUUUGCACGCGCUCUCCCUGCCCGCACACCGUGGAUUGCUUUGUGUCACGUCCCACAGAGAAAACCAUCUUCCUCCUCAUCAUGUACGCCGUCAGCGCCUUGUGUCUGCUCUUCACUGUGCUGGAGAUCAUUCACCUUGGCAUCAGUGGAAUUCGGGAUUGCUGUUGCGCACCAAGACCGAGACCUCCCCCCCCUCGCCAUCCCGCUCUGGGCAGCCAGAGGUCCUCCAUCUGCCGCCAGCCCUCUGCACCCCCAGGCUACCACACAGCGUUGAAGAAGGACCCAUCAGGGAAGAUGAACUUCAGGGACAACCUGGGAGACUCGGGUCGCGAGUCAUUCGGCGACGAGGCGUCAUCACGGGAGCUGCAGAGGCUGCGCAGACACCUGAAACUGGCCCAGCAGCAUCUGGAUCUGGCUUAUCAGAACGAGGAGAGCAGCCCAUCACGCAGCAGCAGUCCAGAGUCCAAUGGUACCGCAGUGGAGCAGAACAGACUAAACUUUGCCCAGGAGAAGCAGAGCAGUACGUGUGAGAAAGGUGAGGCUUUGAACGCUACAACUGAUCUCAUCGCGUCAUAUUGUGUUUUGUAUUUCAUAGUAUAAAAAGCCUUUCUGACUCUGAAUCAUCCCUCUGUCCACAGGUCUCCGUGCAUAAGUUCUCAUCAGUCAAGUUGACACUAAAGGGCAGAGAGUGGACAAACAAAAAGGGAAUCAAAGUGAGAGUGUGUGUGCGUGCGUGUGUAUGUUUGGCCUGAUCUCGCUUGAGGUGGAUGAAGUCAACCCAAGCCGUCCAGUGUUACGAUCAGCUGUGGUUGAGCAACAAGUCGAAUGAGGAGGAAGAGGAGAGCAGUCGUCUUAACCCAGCAAUACUUGAGAACCCAGCCUGUCUGAAGAUCCAAAGUGCUUACCAACAACCGUCAUGCAGCAAGAACGGUGAAGGUUCACGUGUGCUUCUCCCUCAGGGCAGCUAUUCUUUUUUUACAAAUAUUUUUAUUACAAGACUUAGAACUAUUAGUCUUUUUUUAUGAGUUUGUCCUCGUUUUUGAAGUUCGCAGUGAGUGAAUCUCAAUUUUUUGCCUUAGACCAAAACUGGAACUCCGUGUUGUGGCAUUUUGUCGAGGAAAGGCUAAGCCAGUAGUUGAGCAAAAAAAAAAACAAAACAAAAAGAAAAAACGUGUUGUAACUGUACGAAUCUUUUGAGCGAGUGCGAUGCAAAGAGAUGGUUAACGGACAAGGCACCAUUCAUUGAAAAGAGGUACUGGAGUAGUUAUCAUUGCUGAUGAAGACUUUUCAAGGUGUUAAUUUUCAUACAAAGGUUUCGUUCAUCAAGUGUGUGAUGUUUAUGACUUUUUUUUAUAGUUUUAAAAAAAAUGUUGGCACUGCACCAGUCAACAUUCCCAAGCCUGGUGCCUCGACGGUAACUGGAACACACUUGGGGUGCCUUUGUCCAAAGGAAUAAACAAACCUGGGUAAUGCUUGAAAAACAUGUAACUCUUGAUAUUGUAUUGUAUUGUUUAAACGUGUAUUUGAUACUGUUCUUUAUUUUUGUAGUAGUUUUGACUGUUGUGCGAUUGAAAAAGGCUCUUGUCACUGUGGCUUUUUUUAUUUUAAAAGGAAUGACAUUCACUGCUGUCUUAGCUCCCUAAAGCCAGAUUUAAUCAUUGACUGGUCUGUUCGAAAUAACGGUCAGGUACGAUUGUAGUUCAAGUGCAACAGUUCUUUAAUUUUCAAUAAUACACAUCUUGGUUUUAAUUUUUAUACAUCUUACUUGACCAGGUUACAUUCCCCAUUUCUGUUUGAGUUAAACAGUGUAUGUAUCUUGAAUAAGGGAUUUUACUGUCUGUCACGUUCCAUGUCUUUAAGUGCUGAUUUCUGGAUCAAUGUUAUCAGUGGUCCAGAAUCUCAAGAGUUGUAAAUGAUCAAAUCAUUUCAAUGUGAAUUCAAUGCCUUGAAUGCGCUCUUCCAAGACGCCAUCUUUUGUAUUCUGAAUCAUACCCACAGUGCCAUUAGUAUCAACUCAAAUAUUGUCAUCUCAAGUUAUUUUUGAGCAAUGCUUUUUGUACUUUUUAUACUUUUUGUAUUGAUAGUACUUUGUGGUUAGUUUUUACAAUAAAUUUUUUCUCAACAAAUUACAGUUUUCCAGAGUUUUGUGUAUAUUUUACUUCCAUUACCAAAGACAAGCAUUUAGAUCUGGGUGAACUCAUUGAUUUGUACAUAAACUGCUAGACUUUGAAUUAACAUAUUAAAGGUUUUGGUAACCACCUUUUUCUUAUAAUAGCGGUUAGCAAACAGCGUAUAGGUGCACUAUCAUCACAUUCUAGACAUAGUGGAUCACUUUUGCCGGAGCUCAGUUGUUGAACUUUAACCAGAUGUGCAGCACAGUAUGUAUAAACCAACAGUGGCCUCUGGUGGCAUCAGCUGAUAUCUAUGAAUGGUGUAGUUUGACAGCUCUUCAGCUGCUAUGUGUCCCAGGCAAUAAAUCUUUUACUAAAGCCAAA